UGCAGCCUCGACGGGGCGGUGGCCGCUGCGGACACGCAACAGAUCUGGGGACCGCGGAAUGGAGCCUGGGGGAGGAGGGGGCGGGGCGGGUGGAAGGUAAGUGCAGGAAGGCGUGGGUCGCGUGACACCCCAGGGGUCCCGAGCGCCAGACCCCGCCUGCCCGCAGGUACCGCCCUUGCCCUCCCCACCCAAGUCCUCCUCUCCCAGCAAAGCGGGAUCCAGAAGUGAAACCGCCAGGGUCACAGCCCAGCGCCAUCGCUGCGCCGCGCCGCGCCCCGCCCUUCCGGGCACUGCAGCGAGAAUGAAAUAGUAUUCAUCAAUAGAAAGGAACGCCUGGGACACAGCACUGGAUGGAGGCUUGCUCUGAUACAACAGAGCAAACGUCACAUGCUGCAAGAGUCCAUUUAUGUGAAAUGUCCAGAAAAGUUUAGAGAGCAGAGCAGCGAUUGCUUGGGGCUGGAGUUGGAAGCUGCAAGCAAACAGGAAAGGCCUUCUUAGAUCCAUUGAAAUAUCCUAUAACUAGAUGGGAUGACGUCAGAACUCAGCAAACACAGACCGACCCAACAAUGAACAGUUUCAAGGGACACCAGAAUGGGUGACUUGUUACGAUACUGUAGUGGUGCUUCAGGGAAGGAAGAGACAGGGAGGACCCAGGCUGCAGUUCCAGAAUUACAAACUGAGUUCAAUGACACUAGCCCUCUAGCAAGAGGCAGGGAUGAGGAGUGUGCAUAAAGUGGGGGUCAGCACUUCAGAGUCAAAAGAACUAGAGUUCUGGGCUGAUGAAGACGCUUGACCUGUAAGAGACAGACCUUUGAGACAGAAUCUGAUACUCUGAGUUCAAUCCCUGGGACCCACAUGAUAAGAUGGAGGAGGCCGAAAGUUGCUGUACUCUGACCUUCAAAAGCAUGCUAUGGCAUGGCCCCCACCUCCAAUACACACUCGUCCACAAAUUAAUAAAUAAAUGUAGUAAGUUUUAAAGAUGCCCUCGCAUGCAUAAAUUCACACUUAUACACAUAUAUACGUAAUUAAAAUAUUCUUAAAAGUUAAAAAAAAAAGAACUCGAAAGAAAAGCAGUAUGGUGUGGUUUCAAACGCUAUCAUCGUUCGAGAGGUAAAUAGCAACACCAAUCACAGACCAUCAGCUACCUCGGCCGCCUGCCCCAUUUUCUCUGUCUUUUGUAAAUGGAAAAUAGCUUUGUGAUCACAGGCAGUUCGUUAGUAAGCAAAUCCAUGACUGUGAGCAUUGGAUGCCAAUGAGCUCUCAGAACCCAGGAUCAGUGCUGGUCCAGGAUAUUCGCUCUGCAGCUGGAUCAAGAUGUAGCAGUACCUGCUGACGGCAGAGGGCGCCCCGACGCAAAGCGAGGUCCGGACACGCCCACGGACACGCCCCCCACGUGACUUUGGCGUGGCGUCACACCCGGAAGCAGCCCUGCAGCGGAGCGGGCAGCAAUGAGUGGGGAGCCAGCGCCGGUGUCCGUAGUGCCCCCUCCCGGGGAGGUGGAAGCAGGCAGUGGAGUCCACAUCGUGGUGGAGUACUGUAAACCCUGCGGCUUUGAGGCGACCUACCUGGAGCUGGCGAGCGCUGUGAAGGAGGAGUAUCCGGGCAUUGAGAUUGAGUCGCGACUCGGGGGGACAGGGGCCUUCGAGAUUGAGAUCAAUGGACAGCUGGUGUUCUCCAAGCUGGAGAAUGGAGGGUUUCCUUAUGAGAAAGACCUCAUGGAAGCCAUCCGAAGAGCCAGCAAUGGAGAACCUGUAGAAAAGAUCACCAACAGCCGGCCUCCCUGUGUCAUCCUGUGACUAAGAAAUGAUUCUUGGAAGCUUGGUUCUGGGGUUUAAACCUUUCCUUGUGGUUACGCUAGGAAUCCCUCUACCUUUAGCCCCUCACUUGGCCCUAGGUAACUAAGACCCUGACUUCACUUUGCCUCUUAGGGCACAAGGAGGGACUAGACAUUUCUGUGGCCAAAGGCAGAAAAGAGAUGUUCUCUGUGAACAUCACCAUCGCUCUCCCGGGAUCUGUGCCCUCUGCAGUUUGGUCCUCUCCCCAGCGUGGCAAUACCUUUCAGAUGCCACGGUUGCUAUAACUUAUUUUCCCUGAAUCCUGGGCAGUGUCGGCUCUUGGCAAUAAAGAGUAAUUACAAAUGCUUGUGUCAA